UUUUUACGUCAAAAUUUUUGGUUAAGUUUAAUUUAAAGAAAUAGCCAUUUCCAAACAAAAAAUAAGGUUUCAAGACUUUUAUAUCCUUCAAAGUUUCUGAUAUACGAUGGCAAGCAAUUCUGCUGACAAAGCACUCAAGAUUUUGAGAUAUUUACCAAGAGUCUCUCUUGGUAACAUUCGGAAUAAUCCAGGAUCAAGCAAAAAAUCAGGGAGAGGUAGAGCUCAACAUGGAGGAGAUAAUCACGGAGAUGGUAACAAGGGUUCAGGGCAAAGACAAAAUUAUAUGAGAUUGGGAUAUGAGACUGGAAACAACCCAUUUUAUUUAAGAUUUCCGUUCGAACCAUAUUACAAAAAUCAUCACUUGAGAAGACAGUAUCCACCUUUAUCAAUGGAUAAAUUGCAACUACUAAUUGAAACAAACAGAAUAGAUUCCUCAAAACCAAUAGAUUUAGUUUCCAUUAUGAAUAGUGGAUUAUUCAUAUUAAAACCUGACCAGCAUCAGUUUGGAGUUCAUUUAACUGAUGAAGGUGCUGAUUUAUUCAAAUGCAAAGUCAAUAUAGAAGUACAAUGGGCUAGUGAACUUGUCAUAGCUGCUAUUGAAAAAGCAGGGGGGACGAUAACAACAGCUUAUUAUGAUCAGCACAGUUUGCAGGCAAUGAUAAACCCUAAAAAAUUCUUUGAGAGGGGUGUACCAAUUCCUCGACGAAUGAUUCCCCCUUCUGAUGCAAUUGAAUACUACUCUGAUCCCACGAAAAGGGGAUAUUUAGCAGAUCCAGAGAAGAUAUCAGAAGAACGUUUAGUACUAGCUCAGAAAUAUGGGUAUAAUUUACCUAACAUAGAAAAAGAUAAAGAUUAUGAUAUGUUGACUGAACGUAAAGAUCCUAGACAAAUAUUUUAUGGUCUCCAUCCUGGAUGGGUUGUUAACCUCAAGGAUAAAGUAAUAAUGAAACCAUUGAAUGAACAACUUAAAGAAUUUUAUGUAUCUUAGUAUUGUUUUCUAGUGUGAAUACAUUGAAAUUGAGUA